AUGUCAUGUGUUUAUGAGCUUUGCGAGUACCGCCGCUCAGGAGGUCUCAGCCGUCGACGCCCAUGGCCCGUGGCCAAUGCCAGCCCAGUGGCCGUUGCGCAGGAUGCUGUUCCAUCUUCUCUGACCGAACCUGUGCUCUCUCGGCCCAUCUUGAUCUCUCAAGCUGUUGCUGGUGGUCCUCCCACUCAGGAUGGAACUUGCGGCAAGCUCAAGGGAGAUACCACCUGUGUCGGCUGGUCUACUGGAGAGUGCUGUUCGAUGUACGGCUGGUGUGGAAAAACUGUUGACCACUGUGGCAAGGGAUGUCAGUCCGGCCCCUGUACGGAGGAGGGGGGAACUCCGGAAGCCCCUGGCCCAGCCCCGGCUCCGAUCACUAACGGUGGUCGCUUCGAUGUCAUCGGCCAGUCGGGGGUGCCGGCGAUGCACGCGGCUCUCAUGCAGAACGGGCGUGUCAUGUUUCUGGACAAGGUUGAAGAUUACACCCAGCUGAAGUUGCCGAACGGUAGAUUCGCAUACUCGAGUGAAUACAAUCCGGAAACAAACAAAGCCGUGGGGUUGUCUUACAAGACCAAUGCAUUCUGUGCUGGCGGUACUUUCCUCGCGAACGGUGACAUGUUGGCUAUUGGCGGGAACGGCCCACUCACUUGGCUCGACGAUUCGGUCAGUGAUGGUUUUGACGGUCUGCGGUUCCUGACUAGGUCUUCGACAAAUGCUGCGCUUAAUGGGCAAUCAUGGAGGGAGCCUGGGCAGAAGUUGAAUUCGAAGCGUUGGUAUCCUUCCGUGCAGACACUGGCCAACGGAAAGGUCUUUGUGGUUUCUGGGUCGAUCAAUGGUGAUCCGUCAGUGCCGGCGAACAACAAUCCAACAUACGAGAUCUUGUCUGCCACCGGAUACCCCCAGGGCGGUAGCAUCCCAAUGGAAAUCCUUGAGGAGAAUCAGCCGUACUACAUGUACCCAUUCAUGCACCUCCUCAAAGACGGAAACAUUUUUAUCUUCACCGCCAGGGCUUCGCAGAUCUUUAACAUCAACACCAACAGUAUCGUCAAGAAGCUCCCGAACCUCGCUGGAGACUACCGAACCUACCCCAACACUGGUGGUAGUGUCCUGAUGCCUCUCUCGAGUAGCAAUAACUGGGCCUCGACGGUGAUGAUUUGUGGUGGUGGAGCGUACCAGGAUAUCACUUCACCCACAGAGCCCAGCUGCGGUACCAUUUCUCCGGAGUCUGCCAACCCGACCUGGUCAAUCGAGUCCAUGCCCGAGGGACGUGGAAUGGUUGAGGCCGUGCUGCUGCCCGACGGCACUGUGCUGUGGCUGAAUGGAGCGAACCGUGGUGCGCAAGGCUUCCUCUUGGCCACGGAUCCCACGCUGCGGCCCCUCCUCUAUGACCCCAAGAAGGCAAAGGGCAGCCGUUGGUCACAGCUGGCGGCGUCUAAGAUACCGCGUCUCUACCAUUCGGUGGCCCUCCUGUUGCUCGACGGAACCAUCCUGGUUGCCGGUAGCGGCCCGAACGAGAUGCCAGUCCUGACUGCAAAGCCCGGAAAUCCCUACCCCACCGAGUUUCGCGUCGAGCGCUUCACUCCGCCGUACUUGCAAGGUUCCAAGGCGUCGCUCCGUCCGACCGCUCUCCAAGUGCCCGCUACGGUCAACGCCAAUGGAGGUUCCUUCACUGUCUCGUUCAACGUUCCCACCUCCGCUAAGAGCGUGAAGAUCGCGUUGUAUCAUGGAGGCUUCGUGACCCACAGCCUCCACAUGGGACACCGCAUGUUGUUUUUGGACUUCACCGGCUGGAAGGCCGGACAAGCUAAGCAGACGCUUACUGUCAAGGCACCGCCGAACUUGAACGUUGCGCCACCGGGUCCCUAUGUGAUCUACGCAGUGGCCGACGGCAUCCCAUCCGUGGGCAAGUUCGUCAAGGUCGCCUGA